AUGAAAGAUGAAGAAAAUCUAGCACUGCGGAAACCAGCAUGGCAGCAACAUGAUUUUACUGGUCAAGAAGUGGACUGGGGAGCAGCGAAGGCAGUUGACGGAAAAUACACUGACCGCUCAGGAGGAGGACACCAAUGCACUCAAUCUAAUACUGGACAAACAACAGCAACGUGGAGAGUGGACCUUGGGAGUGUGGUCAGCAUCAGUCACAUUAACAUUUACUAUAGGACGGACAAUAAGCCAAUUCCUAGUGUAUACACUACGCGGUUUGCUGGAUUUUUCCUCUAUGUGUCCAACACUACGUCAAAGGAUGACGGCCAUCUUUGUUUCCAUGAUAUACAGACUACGGAGGGUACACCAAUAGAGAACCAGACAAUAAACUGUUCUGUUCAUGGACGAUAUGUGAUAUACUACAACGAACGGAGGCAGGGUGUUACCUAUCCUGAUUACUACUGGCCGAAAGCAUACAAUGAACUGUGUGAAGUGGAAGUUUAUGGAUGCCCUGACCCAAAAUAUUAUGGACUUAAUUGUGAUCAACCCUGUCCUGACGGAUGUCAAGAGAAAAGGUGUGACGUCAUUACGGGUCAAUGUCUGGGGUGUAUGCCGGGAUAUCAAGGUCCUCGCUGCAGUCAAGUAUGUGCUGUACAGACAUACGGACUGGAAUGUUCUUUAUCAUGUGGUAACUGUAGUGAUGGAGAGACCUGUCACCAUGCCACCGGCAUGUGUCCAAGGGGAUGUAACAAGGGAGUGGAGGGGGACAAAUGCCAGACACCAUGUCAGCCUGGUUAUUAUGGGAAGAACUGCGGACAGAGAUGCAGUGAGAACUGUAAAGUGACAAACCGCUGUAACAGAUUUACAGGGGAUUGUGACAGGGGCUGUAAACCGGGAUGGAAGAUACCAACAUGUCUGGAAGAAUGUGACGGUGGGAUGUACGGCGCAGGCUGCACACAGAGUUGCGUCCCCUGUCUACACAACAAACAGUGUCACCAUAUUAAUGGCACGUGUUUGAAUGGCUGUUCUUCCGGGUAUCAGGGAUGGAACUGCAAGGAGAAUAAACCAUAUCAACGCGUUGGAAUGCCCAGUGGAUAUUUCGGUAUCAAUUGUGAGAACAGGUGUACCGUGUACUGUGGUAGCAAUGGAAGUUGUGAUCAGGUCACCGGAAUUUGUGAGAGCGGAUGCAAGGAGGGGUGGAGCGGGCCUCUCUGUGGUACAGAGCUAUCAUUCCGCGCUACAACUUGUACAGAUGACAACACCGCCAUCAUCAUAAGUCUUGUAGUAUCUAUUAUCAUAGUGCUCAUCGGAAGUGUCAUCAACUUCCUGAUGUGGAAGAGAAAUCAACCAGGAAACGCAAAGAAAGGAGAAAACUGUACAAGUGAAACAAGGAGUGCUCACAACUCAGAUAUACCAAGCGGUUCAAAUCGGGUUGGAUCCCCGUAUGCAGAACUGGGAGACCUUGCCAAACCGAACACGUAUGAGGAACUUCACCAUCAUACCGAAUCUACCGGGAAAGUCUAAGACGAGUUAUUUGUACUGCAGUUAUUUCCACCGUACUUAGUUUUCUAUGAUGAACUUUCACAUAGAACGUAGCCGGAAAAGUCUAAGACGAAGAUAUAUAUUAUUUUUACUGCAUUUAUUUCCACCGUAUUUAGUUUUCCAUGAUGAACCUUCACAUAGAAUGCAGUACAUUUUUGACGUCGAACGUCCAAUGCAUUUCAUUUCGUUGUCCACAACGCUGACCGUUGAUGAGUGUGUUGUUAUUUUGAAUGCAAUCUAAUGUCUCAAUGAUUUAUGAACAUAUGACGGGAGUACGUGGGAUAAAACUGUUGAAUAAUUACUUAUAUCUUACAUGAACGGUGUGAACCUGUCUUUAUAUAUUUUGAAUGUAUAUAUAUAUAUAUAUAUAUAUAUUGUUGUAUUAUCAUUGGCGCCCUAGCGAUUAUAGCCCAUGUCAAAAUGACCGUGAUUAACUGAGAACUCACGGGAAAACAUGAUAAAUUGUAAUUGUAUGUAUUGAAAUCUAUCAAUGUUAUUUUCAUUAAUUUAUUGAAUCAUAGAAGUACUUGCGGUUUUGGCGAAAUUCUGCCAAGUUUUUAUGGGGAAAAAUUAGUUUGCGUUGCAGAUAUUUUCUUCUUUAAUUUUUAAAAGAGUAACUCAUACAGGUAGUUACUCUCAAACACAUAUGGAAAUCAACUCAUAUAUACGCAUGCGUAUUACAUAAUCAAAUAAAGUAAGGGUCAUGAAGCAA